GCUUUUAAUGUAACCUGAGAAGAUGAAGUGGCUCUAAGUAAACUUCCUUCCUCUUCAUGUGACUGAAGUGUGACUUGAGAGCUUGAAUUGUCAGACACACUGAAUAUUGGUUUUACUGCUUUUAAUCUGAGGCCAGUGUGCAUUUCGUUUUGCAUUCCAUACAGACAAACAUGUCGACUUUAUGUAACUACACAGUGCUUAACAAUGGGAUAAAGAUGCCCCUUAUAGGAUUAGGCACCUGGAAGAGUACUCCUGGACAGGUGAAGGAUGCUGUUAUUUGUGCUCUGGAUAUUGGUUAUCGCCACAUUGAUUGUGCUGUCGUCUAUGGUAAUGAGUCAGAGAUCGGGGAGGCCUUCCUACAGAAAGUUGGACCUGAUAAGCCUGUUAAACGUGAAGAUCUGUUUGUGACAUCGAAGUUGUGGAAUACAAAGCAUUAUCCAGAAGAUGUUGAGCCUGCCGUAAGAAAAUCUUUAGAAGACCUGAAAUUGGACUAUUUGGACCUCUGCCUAAUUCACUGGCCACAUGCUUUUGAGCGUGGUGAUGAGCUUUUCCCUAAAAAUCCAGAUGGCACUAUCCGUUAUGAUUACAUUGACUAUAAGGAGACUUGGAAAGCCAUGGAGAAGUUGGUGGAGAAAGGCCUGGUAAAAGCUAUCGGAGUUUCAAACUUUAACAGUCGACAGAUUGAUGAUGUUAUCAGCAUAGCCACCAUCAAGCCUGCUGUCUUACAGGUGGAAUGUCACCCAUAUCUAGCCCAGAAGGAGCUUCUAGCACACUGCAAAGACAGAGGAAUUGUAUUAACAGCAUACAGCCCUCUUGGAUCACCAGACAGAAUGUGGAAACACCCAGAUGAACCAAUCCUGUUGGAAGAACCUGGGAUAAAAAAGUUGGCUGAGAAAUAUAAAAAGUCUCCAGCACAGAUCCUUCUCAGAUGGCAAGUACAGCGUGGUGUAGUCUGUAUCCCAAAAAGUGUCACUCCAUCUCGGUUGUUAGAAAACAUCCAGAUAUCCAGUUUUUCACUGACUGAAGAAGAAAUGGAGCAGAUUGGAUGCCUGGAUAAACACUGGCGCUACAUUGUUCCAACGAUCACGGUCGAUGGAAAACAUGUCCCCAGAGAUGCUGGACAUCCUCAUUAUCCAUUCAAUGACCCCUAUUAGUGACAUCUUUACCUAGUAAUGCCAUUUUGUAGCAUCAUAUCAAGAUACCAAAUACACAUGGAUGCAUUUUCUCAAUACCCCCCCCCCCCCCCCAAGAAAACACAUUCCUGCUAAUGCCACCUGCUGGCAUUCAGCAGAAAAUGAAAACAAACAUCACUUUCAUUCUGGCAGAAAAUAUAAAUAAUAAUUUAGCCUUAAGCAUUCACAGUAUAGUUUGGAUUAGAAGUAUGGUGGGUUGUCAUUUACUUGGAAUUGCUGUUUUUGUUUUCUUUAGUCACAGCUGUUGAACUGCUCAUAUAAGAUGAGGUAACAUAAAUAGGACACAUUGAAAUAGUAGUAACAUUAACAAACCACUCCCCAGCCAGCCCAUAUGGACAGAUCUCUGUGAAAGCAGAGCUUCCACAAGAAGGUGAUGUAAUGUCAGUUAAAAACUUGGUUAAAAAGCAGGAAAUGUUGGCCUGUUUGUUUUUCUUGACUAAAAUGUGUUUUAUGAUGGGAAAGUACUAUUCUGUAGAGGACUGAGCAGGAGGACUUUCCAUUGAGAUUGGAGUGAUUUAAGGGAAAAAGAAUUAAAGCCUUUUAUCCUUACAUUGUCGGCAUUUAUUAGAGUUUCCAUCUGUCAUUUAUUUUUGCAUUCUUUGCCAUACUCAUCCCAUUGUAGUGCAGACAUGGGCUUAUUUGGUAUGCUUCCUGCAGUAAAACAGUGUUUACAAAAUGGUUUCACUUCUUGGAAUUGCCUUGUACAAAAUAAAGUACAUUUUAAUAACG